AUGGGUCCUUUCAGAUUAAUGUAUCGUCUUUUUGAGGCUGUUAUGGAGCAGUCAAACUCUUACGAGAGUCCUGCCAGUAGAGGAAUGCUGAUAUUGAGUUAUUGCAUUUCUCCCUUUGCUGCCAUGUGCAUGACAACUGCUAUCAUCCUGAAUCGUCUUACUGUGUUCGCCAUCACGCGAUACAGUAACCGGAAGUUGCCACGGAUAUCGUCUCUGUUGAUUCGUAUAGUCGCAAUUUGGGCUUUGUAUUCUAGCAGUUACGGUGUCUUGGUUGCGCUGAAGACUUAUCAGAAUCACAGACCCCACGUCAACCUUUUACUGUCUGAUUCCUACUUUUUCAACAAAGAUCUGUUUGAAGCUGCAAGAUUCCUUUAUUGUGGUUUUGGAAAGGUAACGGUUGUCCGAGGGGCAGAACCCAACAGUGCUCCAAUUGUCUUGGGACCUUCUCCUGCUGUAUUCCGCAAUUUUUAUUUGGGAAUUUGCGUCAGCCAAAUAAUUGAGGCAUUUGUAUCAUUGACAAACGGACAAGACCCUUCGGUUGAAAAUGGACUGACCCUGUUUGAAUAUUCCGUGGCUUUCCAGGAGAUCCAAGGAUCUCAGAUUCCCUCUUAUGCAUCCAUGGUCGUGGCCCUAAUUGCAUUAGCUAACCAACUGCUGAUCCAUGUUCUAGGAUUGUUGAAUUUGACCAAGUAUAAACUUCUACCUUCCUCAGUAAUUGGGUUGUACGGAUUAUUUUUUUUUGCAACUACCUUUUACGAUGGAACUUUCCUUUCACUUCCCUACACGAUUUACUUGGGAUACUUCCCACAACUGGUGACAGCUCUUAUUAUUCUUCUAUGCUUCCUUAUUUACACACUGGCCGUCAUAUUUAAGGGGGGAUCAUACGAAGACCUUCAAUUUAGCAGCAUAACACAUAAUUCACAAUCGCUGAACGUAUCAUUGAGUGAUGAUUUUUACACAGCUUUGAUGAACAUUGGUUCCUUCGUGAUCACUGUCUCUGGUAGACAAAGCUAUAUCAAUGAAUUGUCAUCUAUUGAAGUACCGGAGAGCAAUUUUCUUCAAGGUGAUAGUGGAUACAAUGUUCAAUAUUUGACACACCCAACUCUUGCCAAAUUGCAUGAUAAGGCUAAAGUUGGCUUAAUAAGAAAGAGGAUCAACAAUUUUUCAAAUCUUGUCUCUCAGUUCGUCGACAUGAUCAUCUUACUCGCAUUCAAAAGAAAACUAAUCGUAAAUAAGCAGCCAAAGUCUACAUCAAGUCAGAGAGAAAAAGCAAACCGCAAUGCAAAACCUCAAGUUAGAGAACUGGACAUUGAUGACGUUACUGUAGACCAGUACACUUACGGCAUGUUACUGAAAGACACAACUUUUUCCGACGUGGAUAAUUCGGACGAUUACAUCUAUGAAGAAAGUUCGACUGAUGAUUCAGAUUGGGAGUAUAACAGUGAUGUUGAAAUUGAAACAGAGAAUUCUAACCCAUCAUUUGCACAAUUACAACGGAAAUCUGUUUAUUCUGGUAUGCAGCCUUUCCAGAAACAGUAUAAUGCACUAUCUGAACUGGUAGGCAGCGUUGAUUUUAGGCAUCUUCUCUCUCCUGAUUCUCUUUCUGACAGGCAGCAGGCACGCCUCCUCAGCAUUUCCUUUAGCAACAGCAGUCUAUCCAAGACCCAUCUUACCCGUUCGAAAUUCAAGGAGUUAUACGAAAAACAUCCAGAAUGGAAAUUGCAGGAUCUGAUUUUUGAUAAACGACCUUUGACAACUACUGAGGAUUUCCAGGAUUCGUUGGGUAAUUGUGUCGUUUGUCAGAGCAACUCGCGUCAAGUAAUUCUAUGGCCUUGCAGGUGUCUUGCUAUCUGUGAACCCUGCAGAGUGUCUUUGGUAAUGCGAAAUUUCAAGGAAUGUGUUUGUUGUCGGAGACACGUUGAUGGAUUCAGCAAAAUCUAUAUUCCUUGA